AACCCGCCAUUUUCCAAUACUUUUGAACCAUUUGCCGCCCAAAACUAAAGGCUUCAUCCACUCCCCCGUCUUCGUCGUCUUCACUCCGCCCCCAUUGAUCUUCACAAGCCGCAAAUCAGAUCCGUUCUUCAUCUGUCCAGGAGGCCCUGUUUUAAGAAAAACCCUAAAAUCUAUUGUUCAGGAACAUCCGGCCGAUGGAAAGCUACGACGACUACGAGUCGUUCUCACCUCCCGUCGAACUCCCGCCGUUGCUGAAGACUCCGACUUUCAAACGAUUGAAGAAACCCGGGAGGGCCGCGGAAAAUCCUCCGGCGAGUUCAAUUGACGACGUUUUUGCGUUUCCUCAAGUCGAUUUUGCCAAAUUGGAAGCUCUGGAAGCUUCUGAAACCUUAGUAGACGAUUCCGAUGAUUCGGAGGGGCCUCUGUUGCCGCCUCCAGGCUUAGAUGAUGAUUCUGAGUUGGAAUUUGACUCCGUGGGGAAGCAUAAUGAGGGCCGUAGGGUUUUGAGCUCGGAUGAGGAGAGUGGGUUGGAUAUGAAUGCAGAAGGACUGAGAUCUGUUGGUGAAAAUGUAGAGAUGGAGGGAGAUCUGGAAGUUGAACCCACGGGCGAAAGGUUUUUGGGUAAAAAAGGCGAGGAGAGUGAGGAGGAAGCUGGUGAAGGGCUAGAAGAUCGGAAGCUCGAGAUAAAAGAAAACAAAAGGAAAAAAAGUGCAGAUUCGAAUUCGAAUGGAAACGAUAAAAGUAAGAGUAAGAAGGCAAAGGUGGAUGAUGGUGUUGAUCUAAAGCCCAAAGAGUCAGCUCUGAAUAAACGAAGAGAACAGAAGGAAAGGAAACAAAGUUUGCAGCAGCUUCAUGCUGAGACCCAGAGGCUAUUACGAGAAACAAGAGAUGCCUCAUUCAAGCCUAUACCGGUUGUGCAUAAACCCAUAUCUUCAGUAUUGCAAAAGAUUCGGCAGAGAAAGCUUGAGAUCUCAAAAAAAAGUAUAUCAUUAACAAACAGCUAUUCUAUUCAUACAAACAAUGGUGGAGUGAGAGAAAAAGUGGCUGAAGAGGACUUAGACAACAUUUCUAAAGAAUAUUUCGUAGUUGAACAAUCAGAAAACAUGACAGAGUCACAGGCUGAGGAUUCAAAAAAUGUUGCAACUGGGUCUUCAGUUCCUGAAGUUGAUGCAGAUCGUGAAAGAGUUCCAAGUCAAGCGGUUCUGGACGAAGUUGCUCAGCCUAUGUUUCGAGCUCCAGUUGAUACACAGGAUAUUUUUGGUGAUUCUCAAGAUAUUGAGGAAACAAAUGAGACCCCUAAAUGCAAUGAGGAUAAUAGUCCAUUGGAAGAAAUAAUGGCACCAUCUGUCCUUGCUAUGAAACUGAAGUUUGAUUCUAUCCCUCCUGAUGAAUGCUCUUCAGAUGAAGAAGACCAUCACAUAGAGGAUAUAGAUCAAAAUCCUGAUCUAGACUGUCCUCCAAAAGGUGACCCAGUUAAACUAUUUGUUGACGAGGAAGCUGAGGAAGAUGACAGUGACAAUGACGCCCACCGCUUUGAUCAAAAUGAAGAUGAUGAAGAUAUUGAUGAUUUUGAAGAAGUCAAAGAUAUGAUUGCUACUAAUUUUGAAGAGAAACCCUCAGAUAAUGAGAGGCGGAAUGACCUUCAUAGGAAGUGGCUUGAGCAGCAGGAUGCGGUUGGAACUGAAAACCUGCUCCAGAAAUUAAAAUUUGGUUCCAAACAUAAAGAGACAGCAUUGCUUGAUAAUGAACAAGUGGACAGUGAGUCUGAAGAAUUUAAUGAUGAUGCUGAAGAGGAAGCACAUCCAAUGAUUUCUGCACGACUAAAUAAGAGAAAAGCAAAACAAAUAAUAACUCAGAUGUUUAUGGAAAAAGAUGACGUUUUUUUAUCAGAUGAUGAAGAGGAGAAAGACAGGAUGAUUAUAAAGCAGCAUGCCCUUAUUAGAGCUGAAGACCAGACAACAUUGGUGUCUCCAAUUGAAGAUGAAAAUUCCAGAACAUUUUUUGGUCUUAUAAAGAAACUGAAUACAGUCCCUGACAAAAAGAAGAAAGCAAAACCAUCCUCUUAUUUUGAAAAAAUUCUAGGAGGCUCAAAAGACAAAUGCUCUUCAAAGUCAUCCUUUCUUGGGCGAGCAACAAAGCGUCAUAUUCCAGUACCCAACAAGCAAAGUUCAAGCACAUUUCGAUCUUUCAUCUUUGAACGUGAUGAUAGCAAUAGCCGGACUUCAUUCCCAAUGUCAGAUGAUUCCUCACACACGGUCGUCGUAGAAAAACAUCCAACCAAGAACAAUGUAGCUAAGUUCAGUGGUUCUCAAGCAAAAUACAGUACUCCUAACAAAAGCUCUGGUGAAGAAAUAUCAAGCGGGCUUUCCUCGUUUGAUGUACGACCUUCGCCACCCAGUCUUGGAAAUGAAGAAAAUGAGAAAUUAUUUUCAAUCAAGCUCCGCGGGCUGCUUUCGAGGCUCCCAAGAAGGAAGCAAAGUUAGGAGCUUCUCUGUGAAUAUCACAUUAUUUUGUAGGACUCUACUCACUCUUGGACUAAAUAUAUGGCACAAAGAUAAUCCGACACUAGAGGAGUGAAGAUUUUUUUAAGGUUUCAUAUGUUUUUUUUAAAUAAUUAUUUUCAAUAGAAUGUAAAAUGUGAU